AACCCCUCUCCCUCCACCUCUCAUUUCUGGCCUUGGCUGCAAACCAUUAGAUUACACCACCCCUCCUGCAUCAGAUAAGAUUCAACAAACAAAACCAAACCAAACCCACCCACAUCGUCUUUCCUCUUCUCUUCUCUCCUCUUGUCCAUAGCCAAAACCUCCAAAUUCCAUUAUUAGGCCCCGAAACCAAUAUCCAUCAUCACAGUAGAACCAGCAAAUUAUCCACCAUGUCUUCCUCAAACCUCACAAUGUGGGUCUCCUCCAAACCCUCCCUCCCCGACGCCUCCUCCUCCCUCUCCUUCCGAUCCGUUCUCAACCCUUUCCAGCUCCCUGCCCAAUCCCCUAAUCCACCCUCCUCCAACCCCUCCAAAUCCGCCAUUUUCUGCGGCCUCCGGGAGCUUCGUGGUCGUAUAGAUUCUGUGAAGAACACACAGAAGAUCACUGAAGCCAUGAAGCUCGUUGCGGCCGCCAAGGUGAGGAGGGCGCAAGAAGCCGUCGUCAAUGGCCGGCCCUUCUCGGAAACGCUCGUCGAAGUUCUUUACAACAUCAACGAGCAGCUCCAGACGGACGACAUCGACGUUCCACUCACCAAGGUCCGGCCGGUCAAGAAGGUGGCGUUGGUGGUUGUCACCGGCGACCGGGGCCUCUGCGGCGGCUUCAACAAUGCGAUCAUCAAGAAAGCCGAGGCGAGAAUCGCGGAGUUGAAGGACCUCGGCCUGAACUACACCGUCAUCAGCGUGGGCAAGAAGGGCAACUCCUACUUCCUCCGGCGGCCUUAUAUUCCGGUCGACAAGUUUCUCGAAGGUGGGACGUUGCCGACGGCGAAAGAAGCUCAGGCGAUCGCGGACGACGUGUUCUCGCUCUUCAUCAGCGAAGAGGUGGACAAAGUGGAGCUUCUGUACACGAAAUUCGUGUCAUUGGUGAAGUCGGAACCGGUGAUCCACACGCUGCUGCCGUUGUCGCCGAAGGGGGAGAUCUGCGACAUAAACGGGAACUGCGUGGACGCGGCGGAGGACGAGUUCUUCCGGCUGACAACCAGGGAAGGGAAGCUGACGGUAGAGAGAGACGUGAUCCGGACGCAAACGGCCGAAUUCUCGCCUAUAUUGCAGUUCGAGCAGGACCCGGUUCAGAUCCUGGACGCCUUGCUGCCGCUCUACUUGAACAGCCAGAUCCUGAGGGCCUUGCAGGAGUCGCUGGCCAGCGAGCUGGCGGCCAGGAUGACCGCCAUGAGCAACGCCACCGACAACGCUGUGGAGCUCAAGCGGUCGCUGUCGAUGGUAUACAACAGGGAGCGGCAGGCCAAGAUCACCGGAGAGAUAUUGGAGAUUGUCGCCGGAGCCGAUGCUUUGACCUGAUUUCAAGAUUAAUGACGAUCAGAUACAUAUAUAUAUAUAUAGCUUAAUAUUCUUUGUUUUUGAUGAGCUAGCUAGCUAGCUGCCCUUGCCCCCACCCCCACCCACCAUGGCAUGAAUACAUAUGUGAUCGAUUGUGCUUCGACAGCUGCCGUGUAGGUAUUUUUGUGGGUCUUUGUUGGCUAAAUUAUUCAUUCAAUUAUAUAUAUAUAUAUAUAUAUACAUGUGUUUGUCUGAUAAGGAGGAGGACUAUAUAUGGAGAUGAGACACUUGUUCAUUGUAAUUCUCAUUCGACAACUACAUUAAUGGCAUUGCAAAACACUAGGGUUUCAGCUGUGAAUUUCUCCA